AUGCACUUUGACCCUUUGCCUACAUUGCAAGCAAGAAAUCGCUUUGUGGAAGAGAUGCUGGCAGAGGUAGAACAGAUAGCUGAACGUAACGCAAGUUAUCUGAGAAUCUGCCUCAGCUAUUACCUGGUCAACAAAAUCCCAGGAUGGAGGCACAUCAGAGUGUGCUGGAAUGAGGUCAAUCCAUUGCGGUACAUGGACACUCGUAGUCGUGGUCUGAGGGCUGCCCAGGAGGGAAUGCCUCAGGAUUGGCUGCAGCUAGCGAGGAUGAGCUUCUACGCAAUGUUAAGAUGCUUCACUUUUAGCGGCAAGUGGGUUGAAUCAUGGUGGUUUCUCAACACUCUUUGCCAGGAAGCCGUCGCCCUUGCUCGAAAGUUGUUCGAGCAUUCAGACCCUCGUGGCAUGAUCGCACUCGCAGUAGCCGAAUGGCUCCCGGCUGUAGCUCAGUUGGAGAAGAGCGAAAUUUUCAAUAAAGAGCAGAGAGACAAUUUUUACCACCACCUCGAUUAUUUCAGCGACAAGGCUGAGCAGUUGUGGACGGACCUUGCCGUCACAUGCCGCAACUGCGGAGUCAAAAACAAGUACUACUGGCGUACGGAUUGUUGCGAAGAGUGUGAGGCUGCGCAGGAGUUGCUCAAGAUCCAGCAUCAGCAAACCGCAUCCGAAGACACGCCCUCUACUUCUGCUCGCCAGAGCUCUGAGACAGCUGAUGCCACUGCAUGCACGGUGAUUAGCCCCCUUGAGUGCCACCCAUGGCGCAUGGACAAAUUCGAUGCCCGCCUGCAGUGA